CCCCCGAGGAUAUGAGUAAUGGCGACGGUGCAUACAAAUUACUAGGCGUGGAUGACCAAUGCGUGUAUCCUGUCAUUAUCUUGAAAAAUCGACGAAAAAUACCUAAAAAACUCUGAAGAAAUCACAACUACCUUCGGCAAAAUAAUUUAACUAAGACCAUUAAUGGUGGAGAUAUAAACUGGAGAAUAAUAAAUACCCGCAACAGUUGGUCGAAGAGUGCAUCGUGCAGUGUUUUGCGGUGAACGAUCUUGUUUGUUGAUAUCAUUGACACGUUAAUUGAUCCAGUCAAUCAGCAUGAGGAACGGUAUUGGAAGUACGAAGGGACUGGUGGCAAUCGUGCUGCUCAUGUGCUUUAUUGAACAAGGAUUCUCGAUAAAGUGCUGGGUGUGCAGAUCAGAUCGUGACCCGAAAUGCGCGGAUCCCUUCGACAACACUACUGUACCUAUUUCAGAUUGCAAUGGACAGACGUUGGAACACUUGCCGGGAAUCAAGCCUACCAUGUGUCGGAAAAUUCGUCAGAAAGUUAACGGGGUCUGGACGUACUUCAGAAGCUGUGCAUUCCUUGGUGAACCUGGGCUCGCUCGGGACGAGCGAUUCUGCCUGAUGAGGACUGGCUCGUACAAUAUUUUCAUGGAGUACUGCACAUGCAACACCAAGGAUGGUUGCAAUUCAGGCACUACCUUCAGUAUUUCGUGGAUUACCUCAGUAGUCACUGGGGCCUUGGUGAUGAGCUACAGUCUUUUCGGAACGACGAUUUAAGACUCCUAACACCGACCGAAUCAUCGCCACAUCGAUCGAAUAAUGAGCUGGGGACAGAUCAGGGGAAUCAAACUGCCUUAGAGAUAAAGAAUUUCCUGAGACAAUUGGAGGUGCCUUAACUCAAGAGAAAAACCGAGACUCUCACGCUGGCGGCCAUCAGAUUAAUCUCAAUGUUGUAUAGAAAAAAUAGGUUUACAUAGCAGGGAAGAUAGUGAGGUGAUGAAGUAGCCAGGGUAUGUGGAUAAUAUCUCAGAAUUUCGGGGAUAAAAUCAAACGAUAUUUAUCGGAAAGUCUAGUUCUAGAUUAGGUUAACGAGUAAAUCACUCAGUUCCACAUUUACAUCCAUGAUUGAUAGACAUCUCUGAACUUGAGGUGGUAAUUGAAUUUUUUCAUGGAAUUUUGUAAGAUUUAGACGCUGUUACACGAGAUAUUUUCUCAAACGAUUCAAAACAACUAAUUUUAUAUUACAUUUUUAAAAGUGAAGGAGAUAAUUUCACUUGUGAAUGAGUUUUCGAAGAAUAUUUGGACUUGUAAAGAAGUCCCAGAUAUUCAUCCCAGAAAUGAAUGAAUCUCAAGUGAAAUUAACAACAAAAAUAUCAUUUAGCCAUCCACUAUCACCAUGUACUUUUAACACUGAAUCAUUCGUUCGAAUGAGACAGCCUCCAUACCGUCCAAAAUACCUUAAAUGUAAUUAUUUCAUUUUUAUAAAAAUUUAUAUAUUUUUUACGUGGAUGACCAUCCACAUAUUUUUAAUAAUUAAUUAACCUGACUUAAAAGAUUUUUGUAGAAUGCACAUUGUGCGGUGGAAAAUUAUGACAUAAAAUAUUUCACUGUCCUCAGUGGAUUUAUUUUCCACUUAAUAAUUCAAUGGUUGAAAUGAUUGAAAAAAAAAAGACAAAAAUUGCGUGCAAAUGGUUUUUUACUGUAAAAAGAAAAUAAAAAUACAGUUGACAAGUAAUACUAAUACAAA